UAGUCUAGGUUGGAUCACGUGAUGCGUGCCCUCGACAGGAGCGAUCUACGGUGGGAGAAGAGGGUCAGUGCGAGUCACGGGCGGCGCGGGAAACCACAUGGAGUAUCUUUGCUUGCUGUAAAUGAGAGCAUUCCCAUUGGAAUCCAGAGGUGGGAAAGCCGUCCUCCCCUAAUAAUACUUCUCGGAGAAGGCGUCCAUACAAAGUAUCAGCCUGGAGUCCGGGGUCGUCCGACGCCAGUACAUCGUAUCAAACGCUCAGCUCUGCUGUGAUGGAUCAUUCUCCUCUGCUAGCUUCCUGCAGAGCCCAGUCAUGACCGCCGCCAGCCCCCUCCGUCUCCUCCCGGUAUGACCUUGAGAAGUAUUUUACUGUUCACCGGGCGACUGACACGUUUCAACAUCCGCUCCUGUUCCCGGAACUGCGCAAGUAUGUCGCCGAGAGCCCCCGUCCAGAAGGUCCUGUGCGUGGCCGAGAAGAACGAUGCCGCCAAGGGGAUCGCGGACAUCAUGUCUAACGGGAGGAUGAGGAGGAGGGAAGGACUGUCAAAGUUUAACAAGCUUUACGAGUAUGAAUAUCAUCUUUUUGGACGGGACGUCUCCGUCACGAUGACUUCGGUGUCCGGACAUCUUCUAGCGCUGGACUUCCAGAGUCACCUGAAAUCCUGGCACAGUUGUAACCCCGUCUCCCUGUUUGAUGCAGAAGUUGAGAAAUUUUGUCCGAGUGAUUUUCUGAACAUAAAGAAAACCCUGGAGCGGGAGGUGCGGCAGUGCCAGGCGCUCAUCAUCUGGACGGAUUGCGAUCGAGAAGGGGAGAACAUUGGCUUUGAGAUUAUCCAUGUCUGUAAAGCAGUGAAGUCGAAUCUGCAGGUGUUCAGGGCGCGCUUCUCUGAGAUCACCCCCCGAUCCAUCCGAGCGGCCUGCGAGAACCUCGCUCCUCCCGACCAGAACGUCAGCGACGCUGUGGAUGUGCGGAUGGAGCUGGACCUUCGAAUAGGCGCCGCUUUCACCCGGUUCCAGACUCUGCGCCUCCAGAAGAUAUUUCCCACUGUUUUGUCCAGUCAGCUCAUCAGCUAUGGGAGUUGUCAGUUCCCCACGCUGGGGUUUGUAGUAGAGAGAUUCAAAGCCAUCCAGGCCUUUAUACCCGAGACCUUCUAUAAAAUCAAAGUGACUCAUGAACAUGAAGACGGAAAUGUGGAGUUUAACUGGAAGAGAAAUCGUCUUUUUAACCACACCGCCUGCCUGGUCCUGUAUCAGAUCUGCAUGGAGGAUCCCACCGCUACUGUUGUUCAGGUCGGGAGUAAACCAAAAAGCAAGUGGAGGCCGGUGGCUCUGGACACCGUGGAAAUGGAAAAAUUGGCCUCUAGAAAACUGAAAAUUGGAGCCAAAGAAACCAUGAAGAUUGCGGAGAAGCUCUAUACACAGGGUUUUAUCAGCUACCCCCGCACAGAAACCAAUAUUUUUCCUAAGGAUCUGAACCUCACAACACUGGUUGAGCAGCAGACGAAUGAUCAGCAGUGGGGUGGAUUUGCACAACGUAUCCUGGAGAGGGGUGGGCCGACUCCAAGAAAUGGAAGCAAGACAGAUCAGGCCCAUCCCCCCAUACACCCUACCAAGUAUACCAACAGUCUGCAGGGUAAUGAGCAACGCAUCUACGAGUUUAUUGUGCGCCACUUCUUGGCGUGCUGCUCCCAGGACGCUCAGGGCCUGGAGACCACAGUGGAGAUUGACAUUGCUGCUGAGCGGUUUAUUGCCCACGGACUGAUGAUCAUCGCCAGGAACUAUCUCGAUGUUUACCCGUAUGAUAAAUGGAACACUAAGAUAAUCCCGGUGUAUGAGAUGGGCUCUAGAUUUCAGCCCACAACGGUGGAGAUGGUGGAUGGAGAGACCAGCCCUCCGCAGCUCCUCACAGAAGCAGAUCUCAUCUCCUUGAUGGAAAAGCAUGGCAUAGGGACUGACGCCACCCACGCGGAGCACAUAGAGACCAUUAAAUCCCGCAUGUACGUAGGUCUGACCCCAGAGCAGAGGUUCCUCCCUGGAGAGCUGGGGAUGGGCCUGGUGGAAGGAUAUGAUUCUAUGGGCUUUGAGAUGUCCAAGCCGGACCUGCGUUCCGAAUUGGAGGCCGACCUCAAGCUGAUCUGUGAAGGCAAGAAGGACAAGUUCUCCGUCUUGAGACAGCAGGUUCAGAAGUACAAGCAGGUCUUCAUAGAAGCUGUGGCCAAGGCCACCAAGCUGGACGAGGCGUUGUCCCAGUAUUUUGGACAGGCCCAACCCGUGGAAGAGCAGAUUUACGCAGAAACACCGCUCCCAGUACGGAAAUGUCCACAGUGCAACCGGGAUAUGGUUCUGAAGACCAAGAGAGAUGGAGGGUUCUACAUUUCCUGCCUGGGAUACCCGAGUUGUAAGACAUCCGUCUGGUUCCCCAGCUCCGUCUUGGAGGUGUCGCGAGACGAGAGCGUGUGCGACGUAUGCAGACCUCAUCCUGUGCACAAGCUGAAGUUUAAGUUUAAACGCGGGAGCGUGCCCCCGCUGAUGCCUCUGGAGUUUGUGGGGUGCAUCGGUGGCUGUGAUGAAACCCUUCGAGAAGUCCUAGAUCUAAAGUACCUGCAGGGAGGCAACAGAGCAGCCCCUCAAUCCGGCCCAAGGGAGAAUAACCACCUGCAGAUGAACCAGUCCAACAACCGCAUGGGCAACUCCAGAGACGGGCACAGCCGCCAGCCACCUGCCAAGAAGGAGAGGCAACCAAAACUCGUUGCUCCUGCCGUCCCGGCAACCAGAGCAUCCGGCGAUGAGAAUAAUGAGGUGGUCUGCAACUGCGGCGUUAGUGCCGUGCAGCUGACUGUACGCAAGGAGGGGCCCAACCAAGGCCGCCCGUUUUAUAAAUGCGACGGAGGAAACUGCAACUUCUUUUUGUGGGCGGAUCAGGAGGGCGGAGCUGGAAGGAGUGCCCCACCCCCGCAGAGCUCAGGAGGGCAUCUUUCGACUUCUUCAUACACUAGUGCCCGGGAAUCUGUAGGGUUCAGGACUGGAGGUGGAAGCGGUGACGCGAGAUCCGAGGGUCAGGCAACGUGUAUGUGCAAUCAGCCGGCCGUCACUCGGACGGUGCAGAAAGACGGCGCCAACAAGGGCCGACAAUUUCACACGUGUUCCAAACCCAGAGAGCAGCAGUGCGGGUUCUUCCAGUGGGCGGAUGAGAAUGUACCACCAGGGGGUUCCAACAACUUUCCCAGUGUCUUUGGAGGGGGCUCCACAGCAGAGCGGGGUUCCGGCGCAAAGAGCAAACGCUCUGACUACGGCUCUUCAGACCGAGGGCCGACAGCGAAAAAGCCACGGACUUGUGGCAUAUGUCACCAGCCCGGACACAACAGGACCAACUGCCCCCAGAACAGAUGAGGAUUGUCCAGCGUUUUAUGGUUAUUACGUUCUUGUGUUUUUAACGUUAACGCGGUAUGCCUCUCGAUCCGGCCCGCAGCCUCCCCGCUUCAUACUCGGUACCUUCGCGCCUGUAUGUGGUUUCCAGUGGCGGUGUAUCAAAUUCCCAAAAGAAGAAAGAAAACGUUUUAUGAUGAGAGUGCAGUUUAUAUAUUACUCUAUAUAGUUUUAUGUUUUUAUAUACUCUUAUCUGGGAAUUCUGAGUCAACAGAGGGGUCGGGGUCUCUUGUUCAGGCCACUCUUCUGUUAUCCAAAAUGGAAGGCUGCUACAACGACAGUCUCUUGCUUUGAGGGGCCCGACCUGUCCAUGUAUUACACGGACCUUUACAGGGUUUUUCCGAGAUUUUUUUAACUCAUGACAUAACCUCUGGACAGGUCAUCAGUCUGUGAUUGGUGGGGGUCCCACACCCGGGAUCCCUUGUUGGGUCAUUCGUUUAAAAGUCUUGGGAAAACCUCUUUAGUGGUAACGGUGUAAUACCUAAUUUACCCUGUGGUGGCGCUGUAGGGGAAUUGAACACUGGUAGCCAGGUUCCACCACAGUUUAUAGGUGAUUGCUGAGGGUUGCAGCCUUUGAUCAGUUUGCUAAGGAAAACAGCUGUUAAAGCUGUAGGAUAGGGGAUAACUAACACAGCGCUGGGACCCCCACCAAUCUCGAAAACAGGGUCCCAAUGGAGCUGCAGGCAUGCUUCCUGUGGCUCCAUUCAUUCUCUAUGGGACCUAUCAGGAUGGGGACAUAGGACGGAUUGUGGGGUUCCAGCAGUCGGACACCCAGUGAUCAGUUAGUUAUCCUCUAUACCGGGGGUGGCCAACCUUACAGACACGAGGAGCCACAAUCUAUACAUUUACACACGA